AUGUCUCAUCACAUUACCGUUCUCCCAGCCUCAACUAAAGCUGGCCGAGAAACCAUCCGCGCCCUCUUAGCUUCCGACAGCAAACUUUCUGUUCAAGCUGUUUACCGUGAUCCGUCCAAGGCACCAGCUGAGUUCAUCAAGAAUUCAAAGUUUGAAGCUGUCAACGGUGAUGUUGGAGAUGGUAACAGUCUCAACUUUACAGGCUCAAAUGCUGUCUUUUACAUCCCGCCGCCUACUUAUGACGGUACCGAUCAAGGGGAAUGGGCGACUCGAGCUGCCAACAACGUGAAGAAGGCUCUGGAGGCCGCAAACAUUAAGAGACUCGUUAUUCUUUCGGCCAUUGGAGCACAGAAUUCAAGCGGCAUCGGUGUUCUCCGGUUGAACCAUAUCUCGGAUGAACUUUUGAAAGAUUCUGUACCAGAGGUUGUGGUCAUUAGACCUACCUACUUCUUCGAAGACUUUGCACAUCUUCUUGAUGCCGCAAAAGAUGAAAACCCAACUAUACACUCUUGGAUCACUCCCAUCGAUUACAAGAUUCCUCUGGUUGGGCUCAAGGACGUAGCUUCAAAUUGCGCAAACCACCUCCUCGCCUCAACUGCCAAGCCCAGCCCGCAUUACCUCAACGUAUUCGGCCCCCGAGCGUACGGCUCUGUCGAUCUCAAAGAAACAGUUGAGGAAGUCACCGGUAAAAAGUUUGAGUUGAAACUUGUCGAGGAAGAUCAGCUUCUCGACUACUGGAAGCAGAUUGUUCCGGAAGCACAUGUUGAAGAGUUUAAGGAAAUGACCACUGCUGGUCUCUCAGGAGGGGUUAUUGCCAAGGAUUUUGUAUAUGAUGAGACGACUGUUAGGGGCGAGCAGGAAUUGGUAGAUGCUUUACGCGCUUUGUAUAAGAACUAA